UGCCACAUUAGAAAACAACACCACAUCCUUUACAUACGGUACGAAGAAAUAAACGAAGAAAAGCCAACUGAGUCCAUCGUUUUUAAAGCGGGGGGCGACAUGUCUGAAACAUACGACUUCCUGUUUAAGUUCCUGGUCAUUGGAAGUGCUGGGGCAGGGAAAUCUUGCCUCCUGCACCAGUUCAUUGAGACCAAGUUCAAGCAGGACUCCAACCACACCAUCGGGGUCGAGUUUGGGUCCAGGGUGGUCAGCGUCGGGGGUAAGACGGUUAAACUACAGAUCUGGGACACAGCCGGACAGGAGCGCUUCAGGUCUGUGACUCGUAGCUACUACCGCGGAGCGGCAGGGGCGCUGCUCGUCUAUGACAUCACAAGCCGGGAGACGUACAACGCCCUGACCGACUGGCUGACAGACGCACGGAUGCUGGCCAGCCCCAACAUCGUCAUCAUCCUGUGCGGCAAUAAGAAGGACCUGGACGCGGACCGAGAGGUCACCUUCCUCGAGGCGUCCCGCUUCGCACAGGAGAACGAACUGAUGUUCCUGGAGACUAGCGCUCUGACAGGGGAGAAUGUGGAGGAGGCCUUCCUCAAAACCGCCCGUACCAUCCUCAACAAGAUAGAGUCAGGUGAGUUGGACCCAGAACGGAUGGGUUCAGGUAUCCAGUAUGGAGAUUCUUCUCUGAGGCAGCUGAGACAGCCCAGAGGUACCACCGCACAGACCAAGCAGCAGUGUAACUGCUAGGGGCCGGACCUCACCCUCACUCCUUCAGCCCCACUCCCACAUGCACAGGACGUGCCCUAAAGCUCGAGGUGUUUUGGGAUGUGCAGGACUCUUCCCCUUAUCCCUUCUGAAACCACUUACACACGUACAGCAUACCUUGACCAGUCGCCAUGGAGAUGACCUGCAACUCCUGACCAUUGGUAAGAGACUAUACUUCCUGCCAAGGGAGGUUACCCAGGCUCCUGGGUCCUAGGCUGGGAAACCCUGUGGUGUGAACUGUGCUGGGAACAUAAGAAGAAGAGUCCAUAUCUGGGAUGACUGUCAGGGUCAGGGGUUAUGUGUAGGGGAUUUCCUGUUUUUACCCUCCCUUUGUGGUUUUUAUCAACACAUUUACAUUUACAUUUAAGUCAUUUAGCAGACGCUCUUACACAUGCUUGCACACACACACACACAGAGUACACACACCAUCUGUAACAAAGUCCAUGAAGGAUGAAAUGCAAAACCAACUUCCUCAUUCAUACGCAGCCUGUUAGACUGCACUGUCAGGUUGCUUGAUGAUUGAAGUUCUUAUGUUUUACCCAUCACAGCGGGAGCACUCCCCAUUCGUCUGUUUUUAUGAGCUGAUUUUGAACCUUUGUUUGCACUGUACUUCUUAUCAAGCCUGCUUGUUCACCUUCUGAUAACCGGGGUCAAACCUAAGUCUCCCCAACCCGAGCUUGACUGCUCUGCAACCCCGAAAAGAGCCAUUUACCCACAACACCCAAGCAUGAGCAGAUAUUGGGUCAGUUGUGAAUGCUUCCUCUAUUGUCCGACCCAUUUCCCUUGAUUCUUCUCCCGGCUUCAGAUGUACACUUGUAACUGAUUCCACCGGUCUAAAUGUUACCACAUGUAACUCGACCUCGGGUAUAAAUGGUAUUGAUUCUAAUCUAAUGGACAACUUGUCCAAGGUUUGUUUUCAAUUCAUGCAAUUUAUCAAGUGGAGUACUGGCCUUACAGGAACAUUUCUUGACAUUGUAGAUGUAUACUGUCCCCCCCAGUCUACAUGUUUCCGAUCAGUCAUUACUAGCACCCCCAAAGGGAAAUCGAUUCACUCCAUGAGGCAAUCAGAAAGGCCUGCGGGUCAUGUCCAAAGCACAAUGGUGAGUAAGGUUUCAGUUCAGUCUUUUCUUAUGGUUUUCCAAAGGACCCCUUGUUAUUCCCCAUUAUCAGCUGCAUAUCUAAUGUUACUGCUUGCCUUUGCGAUGUAAAAUGCUACACUCUUGUCUCGUUCUCCGGCUCUAUCGCGCCCCUGGGGAGGUUAUCUCCGAGAAUCGUACCCCCAUCUUGGCCCUCUUCAUUUCUCUGCUGCUCUGAGUUCACAUGUAAAGACCGGUCACCGGGAGCUAGACUGGUUUCAGUGUCACUAGUGGGAAAUAUUCAGGUUACAGGGCCAGGCGGCUGUCUAAGAUUCAACUGCACUUUUUGUUUUUACAUGUCUUACACAUGAAGUCUUGCCUCUUCCACCUAUCAUUUUCUGUCUGUCAUAUAGAAUCGGGUUAUGAAACAUUUAGAAUUUCAGGCCCCAUGUACCCUUACCUAAUUCCUAAGCAAUGCUACUGUUUGCACUCCACUAAGAGCAGGUUGUUACACUGAACCAGCAUAGAGAAGAUGGCUAUCAAAAUGCCACUGUGACAUCAUCCUGAGAAAGAAUGGUCCCAUUUUGUGUUUAAAAAAAAGUCUGCUUUGUUAUUUUUGUUUCUCUUUUGCAAGUGCCACUUUUUUUUAUUGAGAUUGUUUAUAUACUGUAUCCAUAGAAUUGUAAGAUUUGUAUUGAUUGAAAAAUAUACUGUAAUAAAAAGAGCAAUUGGAAGUUAGUCAUUCCUUACUGAAGAACAACUGAGGGUUUUGUCCUUUCUCUCCAAGUGUUGACUGACCUGCCAGCCAGCUGUUCUAUUUUCCCUCUCCAGGGUUGUAGUAAAAUGAUUCCCUCUGCAAUUUUAUGUUGACCCAUUUGUCUGCUGCCGUUGUAGGAACGAUGCAACACUUGGGAGAUUUACUGUGACUUCCUGAGCCCGUGUUUGUGUACAGACCAGACUGACCGCAAAUCACGGCAGUAGUGUUGCACUCCAUGCUGCUCGACCCUAAUACCAUUGAACCCUGGUCUCAAUAAUGCCGAGUAUUCUAUUGGCUGCAUCGUAAGAACUUAAUCUUUGGGCUGUCAGCCUAUUAUUAACUUAGUCUGUCCUUAAUGUCUCCUGUCCUUUCUCCACUCGGAACGGAGCAGAAACUCAGUUGUUGCUUAGUAACCAUUUUAAGAACUACUGUACAUCUGAAUAAUCUAUGCUGUAAAUAAUAUUUGUUUGUCUAUUGGAUUGUUUUUGGCAGGGAAGGUUUGCUUGUUCAUUUUAAAGGUCUAUUCGAAAUCAA